AGGCCGCCACCUUCCCGGCCGAAGAUCAGGAGUCCAAGCUGGCCGAGACAUUCAACCAGGUGUACUGCUAUGCCGAGGGCUACUAUUACUGCAACAACGCCACGGCGCAGGAGGCGUACACGACCUUCUUCCCGAACGCCUCGACCACGCUGGUGGACCUGCUGCCCAACACUUCCGGUGUUGUGUCCGUCUGCAACGAGCUGCAAAGCUCGGCAAUCUGGGUGGACGGACUGUCGACGGUGUGCGACGCCUGCAACAUGUCGACCACGUACGCCAAGUACGACAAGAUCCUGACCUGGGCCAACGACAAGUGUCCGCGCAACGACGUGACCGGCACUUGGUGCGCCUCGUUCCUCUCGACGGGCACGGCUGGAGAGAUCUACAACGGCUCGCCCUACGGCCACUGCCGCACCAUUUUCCUGGACGUGGCCAUCGACUGGAGCGGCACCGUCGCGACUGCUGGACUGCUUGUGGCCAUUGCCGCUGCUGCUAUCGUGGCAAUGGCGUGUUUCGCGCGUCGCUCGAAGAGCUAUUCCAACGAAGAGAGGGAACGUUUGACGAAGGCUUAAGCAGAACACAACUCGCCAUUGUUGAAAGUAAUGUACUAAAACGCGUUGCAGCGCUUCGUGUGAAUAUGAAACUGCAGUUUGCAAUGAGCAUUCCCGAGAUCAUCUAUCGUUUACAAUUGCUUGGCUCUUAUAUUGAUCUCAGAGUAUCAACGCAUUGUUUCUAACCGUAACGUAGUGGCGGUGGCAGCGGGCGCUUCACUUGUCCAGAAGCAACACUUGUCAGCAGGUCAAGAUGUCCUCUUCACCACCUUCACAUCAAAUUUCAUCUUUUCGUCCCAAAAAGUGUUGUCUAGCUUAUCCGAAAUAUUCUGUCACACCAAGUGUACACAAAAAGUAGUCUUGUUGGCUGGCUGGCAAACACCGCUCCGGCCUUCCAGUUGCAGCAUUCAGCAGUAGGGUAGCCUCCACCGACCAUGGCGACCAGCGGCGAGUUCAAGCGCCUGGUGCUCAAGCAGUUCCCGGCCACGACCGAGGUGGAGACGGCCGAGAACACGUACUGGAAGAAGUUCCACGCGCCGCAGGAGCUGCAGCAGGUCGGACCCGUCACGCAUAUCGACGUGUCGCCCGUGGCGCCGCACCAAGUGGCCAUCACGUCCUCCACGCGCAUCCACCUCUACAGCACGACGACCAACGAGAUCGUCAAGACCUUCAGCCGCUUCCGCGACGUCGUGUACUCGGGCACCUUCCGGUCGGACGGCAAGCUGCUGGUGGCCGGCGGAGAGGCGCCCUACGUGCAGGUGCUGGACAUCAACACGCGUGCAAUUCUGCGGUCGUUCAAGGGCCACUCGGCCGCUAUCCGCAGCACGCGCUUCUCGGCCGACAACGUGCACGUGCUUUCGUGUUCCGAUGACAAGACGUCUCGCUACUGGGACCUGCCCACGGGCAAGCCGCUUGCCCUGCUGGGAGAGCACAGUGACUACGUGCGCUCGUCGGCGGCCAACCCGUCGUCGCACAAUGUGUGGGCUACGGGCUCGUACGACCACACUGUCAAGCUCUGGGACCUGCGCGCGUCCGACCAGACGGUGUCCAAGAGCACCAUGAGCCUGGACCACGGCGCCCCCGUGGAAUCGUGUAUGAUCAUGCCCGGUGGCAGUCUGCUGCUCUCGGCCGGCGGCAACUCGAUCAAGGUGUGGGACAUUCUCAGCGGCGGACGUCUGCUGCACUCGUUCUCGAGCCACCAGAAGACCAUCACAAGCCUCGGUCUCGAUGGCAGUGGCACGCGUCUCAUGUCGGGAUCGCUGGACGGCCACCUUAAGAUUUACGACUUGAAGACGUACGAGCUGGCGCACGGAUUCAAGUACAAGAGCGGCGUGCUGGCCUUCGGCAUGUCCCCGUCGAACUCGCACCUUUUCGCAGGCACUGUGGACGGCAUCCUUGCUGUUCGUCGGCGUACCGUCAAGAGGGCAGAGCAGACUGAUGCCAAGAACCGUCAGGCGAUCAUCCGUGGUGGCAGCUACAAGUACUUCCUGCGUGGCAAGAACGCACAGCCGGCUCCUGCGGACUACACCGUGGCCACCACACGUCACAAGCGUAUUCAGCCGUACGACCGCGCGCUGCGGAAGUUUGAUUACAAGAAGGCGCUGAACGAGGCUUUGGACACACGCUCGCCGGUUGUUGUCGCUAGUAUGCUGGAGGAGCUGCGUCUGCGUGUCGGACUCAAGCGUGCCCUGGGAGGACGUGAUGAGGAGACGCUUGAGCCGCUCCUGGCUUUCCUCAUCAAAUACGUGACGGACCCCAAGUAUGCCUCGCUCCUCAUCCACGUGUGCACCAUUGUGUGCGACCUGUACGCGCCCAAGCUGAGUCAGUCCAUGCUUAUCGACAGCUUGUUCGUGAAAUUGCGUGAGAAGCUGAACGAGGAGCUGCGUGUGCAGAAGCAGGUGCUGGGCGUGGUGGGCAUGAUGGACUCGGUCAUGGCCGCUCAGUCCAACGGCACCAUCGGUGUGGAUGCCAGCAGUUAGAUUAGAUGACAAAUACUAGUACGAUGCUGACGGCUCCCCGGUUUAUAGAUUUUCAUUUGUGUGCUCUUUGAUCGAUUGUCGAGCAGUACUUCUUGGUGUUCGUGCAAAAGCAUUGUUCAUAGGUGAGGAAGCUCCAAAAUGGUGGUAAAUUGUGCAAAAGGGCAGCACGUCUACGCAGUGCGCCACUCGAUUCGAAUUCUUCGCAUCAUGGUCCUUCGCUAUUUAGCUGGGUCCGCUCCUACGGUUGCCAACGUCCACCUCCUUUAACAACAAAUCUAUCUAGAGAGGGUGUGGAUGACCUUGAGCACGUCCUCGAACUCGAUGUUCUCCUGGACCUUCUUGGCCUGCAUCUGGUUGUCCUCGUUGGGGUUGACCUGGAUCAGGUUGGCCGAAACAGUCCAGUUCUCGGCUGCAGCGAACAAAGGGAAAGUAAAGCAAUGGGCAACACCGGAAUCAGUUAGGAUACAGCUUCAACAUCUCGGAAUCAGACGCUGCCACGAACCAGCGACGACGUCGGCCACCUCCUUGUCGGACACGUUGAGCUUGGCCUUGAAGACGUCCGGGGAGAUGGCGCUGUGGCUGCGGCUGAUGGCCGUCAGGAUGUACGCGCGCACAGACUCCAGGUAACCGGGCACCUUCUCGGCGAAGGCCACGCUCUCCUUCCAGAAGUCCUCGAACAGGCACGACUGCAGCAGGAAGCCCGCGUGCAGCACGGCCAUCACGUUGGCGUCCUAAAAUCCACGACAAUUGAAGCAUACAGAACGUUAAUACAACGCUAAAACCAAUAAUAUAUCCAUGCCCAUCAAGUCUGGCUGGGAACACGCGUCGCACCUCGCGGAUGUUCUCCGGGAUCAUCGUGGAGGCGCCCGUGAAAAAGGUGGAGGGAAGGGCCAUGACGCCCUUUACCAGCACCGUGGCCACGUUCUCGGCAUUGGCCGUGGCCGGGUACACCUGGUACAGCUUGAGCAGCGCCAGGUUGGCGUCAAUGUCCACGGUCUUGUUCUUGACCUGCUCGGCCAGGUACAUCUCCAGGACCUUCACGUUGGCCCGCUCGCAGAAGCCGCGGCCAUUGUGCACGGCCUGCAGCUGCUGCUGCGUGGCCGAGGCGCCCUCGGCCGACACGAAGUCCACGAUAGUCUGCUGCUGGAAGGCGGGCAUGAUU